CCCCCCCGGCCAAGGCCAAGGCCACGUCCGCCGGCCGCCGCGCCCCCCGAGAGCCCGGGCGGUCAGCCCCCCUGUGCGCGAGGCGCGGAGCGCGGAACCAUGCCGGUGUCGGACCAGGCGUUUGUGACGCUGGCCACCAAUGACACGUACUGCCAGGGCGCGCUGGUGCUGGGACAGUCGCUGAGGACGCAGCGGGCCACCCGGAAGCUGGCGGUGCUCAUCACCCCCCAGGUGUCCAGCCGGCUCAGGGUUAUCCUGUCGAAAGUGUUUGACGAGGUCAUCGAGGUGAACCUGAUAGACAGUGCAGACUACAUCCACCUGGCCUUUCUGAAGAGGCCUGAGCUUGGCGUCACCCUCACCAAGCUUCACUGUUGGACCCUCACCCAUUAUAGCAAGUGUGUCUUUCUGGAUGCAGAUACUCUGGUGCUGUCCAAUAUCGAUGAGCUGUUUGACCGGGCGGAGUUUUCCGCAGCCCCGGAUCCCGGAUGGCCGGACUGCUUCAACAGCGGCGUAUUUGUCUUCCAGCCGUCCCUCGAGACGCACAGCCUGUUGCUGCGACAUGCCACCGACCACGGCAGCUUCGACGGCGCAGACCAAGGCUUACUGAACAGCUUCUUCAGUAGCUGGUCCACGGCAGACAUCCACAAGCACUUACCGUUCAUCUAUAACUUGAGCAGUAACACGGCGUAUACCUACAGUCCCGCCUUCAAACGAUUCGGUUCCAGCGCGAAGAUCGUGCACUUUCUGGGGCCCACAAAGCCAUGGAACUACAGAUACAAUCCGCAGACGGGCUCGGUGUCGGAGGACGGCUCCGGGGUGGCCAGCCAGCACCAGACCUCCUUCCUGAACCUCUGGUGGGCCAUCUACCAGCGCAGCGUGCUGCCUCUUUACGAGAGCUCGCGGGACGCAGAAGGCCACGGAGCGCCCGGACACAGCAGUGGCGUCAGAGAGCCGUGUGCAAAAUCAGCGGCGGGGUCCAGCCAGCCUCGGCCGGCCAGGGGCCUUUCGGAGGACACUGUGGUCACGGAGGACACCCCUCCCUCACCCAAGGGAAGCCGUUCCGAGGACCAGACGAUAGGGUGGCCUGAACUUGAGACCUCCACUGGAGUGAGGUGUGAGCCAUUAUCACUACCCUCCCCGCAAUGUGCAGACUCCGCAGAGGCCCAGCCCACCUCGCAGCCUGUGGAUAAAGCAGAAAGUGGCCCGUCCGUGGACACCGUGGAACCAAGCCAGGAGCCCCCUGUGGAUGUCAGCGGGGACCCCAGUCCUCAGGAUUCUUUGGAGGUGGACCUGGCCGUGUCUGUUUUCGAGAUCUCCAUCGAAGAGAAGGUCAAGGCGCUGAGUCCCGAAGAGGAAAGGAGACACUGGGAGGAGGGGCACAUCGAUUACAUGGGCAAGGAUGCGUUCGCGCGUAUCCAAGAGAAGCUGGACCGAUUCCUGCAGUAGCCUGACGGGCGCUGCUGCCCGUGCGUGCUUAGAGGUCGCGUGCUGUUGCAUGGUCCCAUUGCGCGGACUUCUUCUCCAGACCCUUCAGGGGGAACAAGUGUUCAACUAUGUGCCUCUAUUUACGGCUGACCCACCUGAGUGCCUCACAAAAAUAAUGUAGACCAUAAAAAGCCCAGCUUGAAGCCUUCCCCAAUGCCCCAAGCUCUCUAUGCCUUAUUGGCUGCCCCCCUGAGAAGUCCGUUCUUUUCGGCCAAUGGGAGCAGCGAUAAACUUCUCGUAGACCCUUGUUCGUGCUCCCUGGUCUUGUUCCGAGAUGCGCCUUGGGCAGGUGCUACCAUAUCUAUCCUACGUAGGGUGAGAGGUCACCGCACGUUGACUUCCGCCCCUAAGCUAACGGCGCCGGUAUAUGCAUUCAGGAACCCUCAAGGAUGGAAAGCCCUUUCCCUCAGGACUAGGUAGACAUCUUGAGGGUGAGUCUCAUGUAGACUUUGGGGAUCAUGUCUGAGAAACCCGAUGGCUGUUUCUCUUCUGCAAAACCCAACGGGACUGCCACGUGCCGUUGACUGGCGCCCAGUUGGGGAACUGAUGGGGGUGAUGUGGAAGGCACCUUCUAGCUGGCUUGGGAGAGAGAGCAUCUUCUUGGUUUGGAAGAACCAAGGGCUUAGUCGGGUUCUGGCCACAGCUUGCUCACACUGAGAGGACCUCGAGAGGUUCUUUGUUUAGAGGCAGAUCCGUUUGCAGUCCGCCCACUUGACUGCGCCUCGCUGGAUAUCACUACCUCAGCCUAAAUAACGGGGCCAAUCACCGUGUUCUCCAUUUCAACUCAACUGUUUUGGGAACAAUUCUCAGUUUUAUGAGACAGGAUGCUUUACCCCACGAGAAAUCCUCAUCUCCAGAAGUGUCCUGAUCUUGCGAAUCCAUGCCGGGUGCUGCAACGCCUCACAGGGCUGUGGCCACCACAAUUACGAUUAAAGACAGGCGUCACUGAGCUAAAGAGAGCGAAAUGUGAUUGUUUUUGAACGUUACAGUGGUGUGUCUUGCACGUACUAGAGAACAUCGAAGGAUUUCGUGCACAGGUUUGGACCACAUGGUAAUGGCUGUGUUAUAACCUGGUGGGUGUGUUUGGCCAUGUUUUACAUCAUGUCAAACAGGUGAGCCCUUGGGUAGUAGGUGAAUGUGGUGAGUCUAUGACCUAAGUUGCGGUGUGAGUUUUGCACAAUGUGAGUCACAGAGGGUUUGUUUCCUUUGGCUCCGGAAGGCUAACGGUGUGUGCUCUUCAUUGAUAUCACACACAGUUUGCUUCUGGGGCUAAUUGAAGAUGGCCAUACAGAUAUAGCCUUAGAGGGAUUGGGUGGGAAUGGUCCUCAACCAUCAGAAUAACACCAUCCAUUUAUUCUGGGCAAAGGCUGUGGGUGUUCUGUGCUGUGGCGUUGGGUUGUGGACGACAGGAGUCCAAGUCUGACAUACUUCAGAGGAGCCCAGAUGAUGAAUAUUCGAGUCUCGUUUAUCUUCUGUGGGGAAGACUGUUUCCGAACAGCGGUUCAUUGGCUUAAUGUAUACGUUCAACACAGACUUCUGUUAUGCAUUCUAGUCUCUAUCUGCCGAUUUGAAUGGAUGCUAACGCAUUAAAUUAAAAAUUUAA